AUGUCCAAAGAAAAUAAUCUUGUCGAAUAUGAACCUUCAGAACUUGGUACAAAAGAAUAUUGGGAAUCAUUGUAUGACAGAGAAAAUAAAAAUUUUCAAGAAAAUGGCGAUAUCGGAGAAAUCUGGUUUGGAGAAGAUAGCGUAGAAAAAAUGGUAGAUUGGGUUCUUAAAAAUUCAUCAAAUUCAUCUACCACAAUUCUUGAUAUAGGUUGCGGAAAUGGUCAUCUUCUCUUGGAAUUAGCUUCCAACUAUUUCACAAAUUUAAUGGGAAUAGAUUAUUCUCCAAAUGCUAUUAGAUUGGCAAAAGAUAUCGCAAAAAAUCGUAAUCUUGAUGAUAUCAUAUCAUAUCAUGUCAUUGAUUUAAUUAAUUCUUCCACGACAGGAAAUGAUGAAUUCUGGUUAAAUGGCACGAGAAAAUUCGAUAUUAUUUUAGAUAAAGGUACUUUUGAUGCCAUUGCUCUUUCCCCCUACGAAAAUCGUGAUGAGAAAGGAAACCAUCCAAGAGAUAUUUAUCCAAGUAAAGUUCAUUCCUUGCUAGAUCAAAAUGGUUACUUUCUGUUAACAAGUUGUAAUUUUACCAAUGAAGAGUUAAUUAACAAAUUUAACGAUGAAUUUGAAUAUUUUGACCAUAUAAAAUACCCAACUUUUACGUUUGGUGGUGUUAAAGGACAAAUCAUUUCAACUGUAGCUUUUAAAUCGAAAAAAAAAAUAGAAUAA